AUGGCAUUGCCUGAAGAGUGCCCGGCAUUGGAUGAUCCAAAUUAUACGAAUACGCAAUGGCCUCAAACCAUCGAUCCUCGGUUUUUGGAGCCAGCAGAAGACCAUCCAGAAGAUGUUUUAGAAGACCUCAAUAGAGAUCUUUAUGAAGAUCCAUCAUGA